AUGUACAUGCCCGGGUCGAAGUGGACAUGGAGCUUCAUGCUCAUUGCGCUCUUCCAAUGCCUGAUCAGCUCGGCAUUGGAGGCGUACGUCUUUGCCAAGUUCGAGUCGAGCGUUACCGACAGUUCGCGGGAGUUAGAUCCUCCGCCGUCGCAGACACUGACCAUUCCGACAUACCUGGCCAUCUUCAUUUUCGGCUUCGUGUAUCAGCUUGUUCUAGUCUGGGAUGCUCUCCGGCUUAUGAACACUAUCCAGGUCAUUGGAGUCUGCAUAUACAACGUCGGCAUGUUGAUCUACGCUUCCGUGGAGAUGAACCAAGUCGACACCGCGAUCGGCGUAUUACAAUCACGGAACCUUAUCUACGCCGGUACAUACGAAGCUCUGCGACCCUACCUGAUCGCAGGACCAUGUAUCAUCGCACUCGGUACUGUAUUGCUCAGCGGUGUAGCAUGGAAGCUCUACCGAGAAUUUGCCUGGACAAUCUACCAGCAAAUCUCCGCCGACUUAGCACUGACGCGGCGCUACCGCACGUAUCAGAUCUACAUUGCCCUGCUCAAGUUCGACUUUUUCUUCUUCCUCGGCUUCACCAUCCAAUUCCUCGUUGUGGUUGAAGGCACCACCGCAGCCGAAUUCUGGCUUACCGUGGCCGCUAUCCCCAUCACAGUCGCACUCCUCUUCCUCGCGGCAUUCUUCACCCGCCGCGAAUCAUAUGCUGGCCAGACUUGCAUCAUCAUCGUCUACUUUGCCGCAGCAGCUUACUUUGUCUUCAAGCUGGUGCGCAUGUACGCGUCCUCUGCCUCGCGACAACUAGAGUACAUGCCCGCGAGGAGGAGUCUGACGACUUUCGCUGUACUCACGCUACUGCUGUUAAUCGUUACCAUCGUGAUAGCAUUCAUAUGCAUGCGAAACUUCAACAAGGGACUUGGGCCGCACAUUCGGAAGAGA